CUCACAACCGCCUCCCAAUUGUCUUUGUAGAUGCUUUGGCCCAGAAAUGCCGUCUCGAUGCGCGCAAAGCCACCGAAAGUGUCAAGCGCAAGCUGUCCGGCAUUAUGCAGCAGACUCAGAAUCACAAACAGUCGAAAAUGUUAUCAACCCAGCCGCUGGGCGUGGCACCAGGACAGUCUCUGCUUAUGACGCCCAUAAGCAGCUACAAUGGGCACAGUCCCAGCCCGACUGGCAGCUAUGUGCCAGAGAUCAAGGCCGAACAGCUGCUCUAUGAAAUGGACAGCACACGGAACUGCCCCUCGGCGGCCAGUUCGUAUAAUAACGCAUACAACUUUCCCGCCUCGCCCACCUCCAGCUGCAGCACAGCGGACAGCAUUGCGCCGGCGACGGCGCUGCAGCAACAAUUGCACAAGCUGCCCAGUCCGGGCCAGCAGCAGGAGCAGCUGCUCAAUCAGCAGACACAGCAGGAGAACUUGAACAUCACGAUAAGCGUCAACAACGGAUCCGGAAAUUGGAACACGACCACGAUGUUCAACGGCGGCAGCAUAACGCCAACCAGCUUCAACAGCAACAACCACAACAAUGGUUACAACAAUAACCAAAAUGUGUUUGGUGCCACGAGUCCAGCAUAUGCAACGAAUUGCCUGCCCUUUCAGCAGGAAGUCAAAGUUCAGGCUUCGCCUCAGCUCCUGGUGCAUCCGCCGCCGCCGCCGCCGCCGCCUGCGCCUCAACCUCAGCUGGAGGAGAAUCAGUCCUUUAGCGAUCUGAUACUGAGCAGCACAUUUAUGGAUUAUACAGCCAUAGAGCACAUCGAUCCGAAUGAUAUAAUCAGGGACUUGCAGGCGACGCUCAGCAAUCUGGAGAUGGCGAACAAUCAGAAUAGAAAUGAUAAUACAUAUGUAUAGUAUAUAUAUAUAUAUAUAUGUUACGUG